AUCUUCGUACUUUCAUGCGAACGAGCGGACUUGCCACGAAAUAAUAGUUCAAUAAAAUUUCUCAGCCUCCGAGGAAAGACAUCAUAUUCUGAAACCAUGACUAACACACGUAUGGUAAAAGCUGUAGUUUUGAUAGGAGGUCCUCAAAAAGGUACCAGAUUCAGGCCACUUUCUAUGGAUAUACUAAAGCCUUUAUUUCCUGUUGCCGGUUUUCCUAUGAUUUAUCAUCAUAUAGAUGCUGCCAGAAAGAUUAAGGGUCUGAGAGAAAUUCUUUUGAUUGGUUCAUAUCAACAAAGUGAUGCUCUUCAUCGAUUUAUUAUGGAAGUUCAGCAUGAAUUUCGCAUUCUUAUUCGUUAUUUACAAGAAUACGCUCCAUUGGGUACCGGAGGUGCUUUAUAUCAUUUCCGAGAUCAAAUUUUAGCGGGAAAUCCUGAAGUAUUUUUCGUAAUGAAUUGCGAUGUUUGCUGUGAUUUUCCUCUUGCCGAAAUGCUUGAAUUUCAUAAAUCCCGAGGACCGGGUGUUCAUCAUACAAUUCUUGGAACAAAUGCUACUAGACAACAGUCUCUAAAUUACGGUUGCAUUGUUGAAGAUAGUGAAACUCAUAGAGUCAGGCAUUACGUUGAAAAGCCCGAAACAUUUGUUAGUACAACAAUAAACUGUGGAGUUUAUAUAUUUUCUCCUGAUAUUUUCAAUUGCAUCGCUAAACAACUUGAGAAUUCUAAAGAAGCUAUUAAUUUCGAUUUAACAUCGACCGAACAGAAUCCGAAUAUUGUUAAAUUAGAUGAUGCUAUUGCCAAAAUGACAACUGAAAAAGAUUCUAAUGGAAUUAUUCACGUAUAUCAUACUAUAAAGUUUUGGUCGCAAAUUAAAUCCGCUGGAGCUGCCGUUUUUGCUAAUCGUCAUUAUCUAUCAAUUUAUCAUCGAACUCAUCCAGAGAGACUUGCUAAACUAGGUCCAAAUCAACCAAAUAUUAUAGGUGACGUAUUUAUACAUGCAACUGCCCGAGUUGAUCCAACCGCGACUCUAGGACCAAACGUAACAAUUGGCAGUGGAGUUACUAUUGGAGCUGGUGUUCGAGUUCGUGAGACUCUUAUAUUGGAUGGAGCUAUUGUUGGUGAUCACGCGUGUAUACUUUAUACGAUUAUUGGCCCGAGAGCGACUAUUGGACAAUGGACUAGAAUUGAGGGCACUGCUAAUGAUCCUAAUCCAAAUAAACCUUUCGCCAAGUUAGACGUUUGUGGAGCGUUUUCGAAUGAUGGACGCCUUCAGCCAUCUAUUACGGUUAUUGGUUCAAGUGUUUUUGUACCCUCAGAAGUUGUGAUACUGAAUAGCAUCGUUCUUCCAAAUAAAGAAUUGAGAGGAAGCUUCAAAAAUCAAAUCAUAUUAUAAAACUAUUAAAUUUCUGUUAGAAAAAAAUUUCAUAAAUUUCUUUUUUGAUCUCUAUCUCUCACCCCGCUCCCUCCUCCCUCUGUUUCCUCGAAUCACUUUUAGUGAUAUUAUUUGACAAAACCUGUUUCUAUGGAUUUCUAAAUAAUGGAAGAAAAGAGAAAUUAAAUAUUUGAAUUGAUGAAUAAUAUUAUUUUAUAAAUUAAACUCGAAUAAAUGAUAGAGAAGAUACUAGAUAAGAAAAUACGAGAAACCUGUUCGAUUGGUUUUUUUUUCCCCAUAAGCUUAUUGUGUAAUAUACUUUAUAAACUAGACCUUAUCCGCUAUCCACGUAUAAAUUUUCUUUGCUUCUUCUUAUUGCGAAUACUGAAAAUUAAAUACCUACAUUUGUUCUUCACAGCAGGUAAUCUUCUAGCUUAACCUUGUAACACUUUUUUCUAAGUAUUAAAAGGGAACGAUAGGAAUUGUUAACAUUCAAAUGAAGAACGAUUAUGAGUUCUUAACUGAAAAAUUAAUAAUAAAAAUCAAAAAUCAAAUUAAAAAACACAAGCUAAAACCAAUAAGCCAAAGAGAAGUAAGAUACAGGCAAUUAUUUGUAAUACUGAUUUAGAGAAAUGGACACUUCGAGUAGCAUAAUGAUGAUCUUUCAUAAAAGGAGUGGAAGCAGGUGGGGAAAAUUCUCGUAUCACGAAUAAAGAAUAAAGCAUUUUAUACUUAAACGUCCUUGUCCA